GUCCCCUGUCACGACUCCACUCCCCUUAGAAACAAUCAAUUUACUUCCUUGUUUGUAAGUUCUGAAGAUAAACGAAAAUCGAGAUGGAGGUUUCCGGAAAGAGACGUGACCCUGACUUUGACAAGGGCUCCGCAGACGCAACUGUCUACUGUCAGCCGUGUGAAGAAGGCGGGAAACGCGCUGUAGCCAAGGGAUUCUGUCAGACCUGCGAGGAGUACAUGUGUGAUCCCUGUAUCGAGGCCCACAAGAGGUUCAAGCUGUCCAGGAACCACAUAAUGUUGACUAAAGAUAAGAUGCCUUCCUUCUACCCGUACACCAAGCAGUCAGACAUCGGCGAAACUGAAUACUGUAAAACCCAUCCUAAGGAGAUGAUCAAGUUUUACUGCCCGAACCACGGCGACCUUGGCUGUGGUGACUGUGUCGUACUCGACCAUCGCAGCUGUAAAGUCGAUUACAUCGCUAACGUUGCUAAAGAUUUUGUCAUUGGCAAUGAAUUCAGGGAGCUAGAACCAUCGAUUAAACGAGCUGAAGAUCUACUAUCUUGGUCAAUAAGUAAUGCCAAUGAAAUUUUAGACGAGGUCGAAAACCAGUCUAAGGAUGAGAUCGCCAAAUUGAGAAAGUUCCGGGCAGAAAUCAACACCUACCUGGAUCGCCGCGAGAAGGAGUUGCUAGACAACAUCCGGAAAGUGAAGAUCGAUGAUGAAAGCGUGCUGAAUACAUUAAAGACUGACUGUGAGUCGGCGAAAUCGGGUCUUGAGGCCAUGAGGGCGGAUCUAUCUUCCGGUGACAUCUCGGUGAACCAGCGUUACGUGGCGGCGAGGCGAGCCGAAAAGGACUUACGGAGUAUUCUGGAAAAGAACAAGGAGAUGACUGGUCUGAUAAAGGCCCGAAAGUAUCGAUUUACCAAAGACGAGGACACGGAACGUCUUCUGGGAUCGAACAUGGGCCUGGGAACACUGGACGUUGCCGGAGAGUUUCGUAAAGAUAUUCCAGUUCUUGACCUCUCUACUGUGACAUGGAAGAAGGGGACGGAUAUCAACGUUAAAACGUCUCAGGACCAGGAAACCUGCCGUAUCACAGGCUCCGCCGUCCUUGCUUCUGGUCUCUUUCUCCUGGCUGACUCGUAUAACAAGAGUGUCAAACUUGUAAACGUCCCCGCCCGCUCCGUAACGUCCCGCCUCCAACUGCCAUGCCAACCCUGGGACGUGUGUGUGCUCCAUGAUGACCAAGCGGCAGUCACUCUCCCGAAUAAUCUCAUGAUUCAGCUGGUGUCUACAAAGCGAGGAGAGUUGACGUGCGGAAAGAAAAUUAAAGUAUCACCUCACUGUCAUGGUAUUGCGUUCUACAACAACAGAUUAUACGUUUCGUACACAUCAAACCCGCGUAUUGAAGUGAUGACAUUGGAUGGUCAUAUCAUAAGUACAUUCCAAACAGAUGAUGGAAGACAACUUUUCCUUACACCAUGUUCUAUAACUGUGUCAACUUCAACACCACCGAACCUUUACGUGUCUGACUUCGAUGCCUACACCGUGCUUCAGCUGACCCUGGACGGGAAGGUCCUGCGUGAGUACCGAGACAAGCAGCUCAGAAGUCCCAUGUACUUAGUGGAGGUAGGGCCCGGCCAGAUGCUCGUGUGUGGGAAUGACAGCAACAACGUGUUGCUGCUGACGGAGAGGGAUGGCAAGAUGACGGAAAUACUGGGAGAGAAGGACGGACUGACCACUCCCUACUACGUGACCUUCUGUCCUCACACACGUGCCAUAGUUGUCGGGAUGAACUAUAAUGAUGACUCACUGAAGGUCUUUAAUGCAAAUUGA